AGGUGGGAAAAAGAGAAAAAGAAAAGUAAGAAAGAUGGAAACUUUGUAGUUUUUGGCUCUGGCUUCUUCAGGGUGUUGGGUUCUCUUCUCAAGCCAGACAAAAGGAAAAGCAAAAGAAAAAGGAAAAAAAAAAGCAAAAAAGUCUUAUUUUUCACACUCAAACCAAAAUCAUGGAAGUUUUAGUUUAGGGUUUUCAGAAACUUACACGCUCUGUUUUUUGUUGUUUUUUUCUUAUAUACUUCCUGUCCAUUUCUCUCUGUUUUUUGUUUUUCUGUUUUUGUUUCUUACAAUUCUUCCAACUUCACCCUUCUGAUGAUUCCUUCUUGGAUUUUAACUGUUUUGUUUCUUCUUUGUAGUGUUGAAUUUUUGGGUCUUUUUUGAAUUCAUUUAUCUUUCUUCUUCUUUCUUGGGAGAUUUUGGUUUUCAAAUGGAAGAGGUUGAAGAAGCUAACAAAGCAGCCAUAGAGAGCUGCCAUGGAGUUUUGAAUCUUUUGAUUCAACCUUCUCAAGACCAACUUCAUUUCAGAAAUUUAAUGGUUGAAACUAAAGAAGCUGUUUUCAAGUUCAAGAAAGUGAUUUCUCUUUUAAAUUCUGGUUUUGGUCAUGCAAGAGUUAGAAAUUUCAACAAGAUUCCUCUCCCUUUGCCUAAAAAAUCCCUCUUAGAUUCCCUGAAUUACACUUCAGAUCCUCCAAACAAAAAUCUUUACCCUUUCCCCCCUGGUUUGAAUGGUAAAGUUUCAAUUUUCUUGGGAAACCCAGAUUUAGAAUUGAGUCCAAAUGACAAAAAUUCCCUCCAAAUUCCCAAACAAACUCCUUCUUUAAACUUCAGCUUCCCUCAACAACAACAACAACAACAACAGAGGAUUUUGGCUCAUCAGAAACAAAUGAAACAGCAAGCUGAAAUGAUGUUUCUUAGGAAUAACAAUGGGAUGAAUCUGAAUUUUGAUACUUCUAAUGGCACAUUGACAAUGUCAUCAGCUAGAUCUUUCAUUUCUUCAUUGAGUAUGGAUGGCAGCGUCGUCGGCGCCGACAGAAGCUCCUUCCAUUUGAUCGGACCGUCGAUGACCACAACGACGUCGGCCGAUAACAAGAGGAAGUUUUCUGCAAGGGGAGAUGAAGGGAGCUUGAAAUGUGGAAGCACUGGCAAAUGCCAUUGCUCAAAGAAGAGGAAACAUAGAGUGAAGAGAUCAAUCAAAGUACCUGCCAUAAGUAACAAACUUGCAGAUAUCCCUUCUGAUGAUUAUUCAUGGAGAAAAUAUGGGCAGAAGCCAAUUAAAGGUUCUCCUCAUCCCAGGGGUUACUACAAAUGCAGCAGCAUGAGAGGUUGUCCCGCGAGAAAGCAUGUCGAGCGGUGCUUAGAAGACCCGUCGAUGCUUAUUGUAACGUACGAAGGGGAACAUAAUCACCCGAAAAUGUCGACACAAUCUGCACACACUUAGCCUACAAGCUCAAAUUAACAGGAUUGGGAACCUCCAAUUUUUAUUUUUAUUUUUCUAUUAAUCAAAACCCAGUUUGGGAUUGGUGUUGGUGCUUCUUUUGUACAUAUUUUUGGGGCUCAACAUUUGAACCAAGCUCUUGAAUUUGGAGAGUUUCCUUUCAAAUCAAAAAAGGAAGACAAUGAAUCCAACAUUUGACCCUCAAAUUUCUAUAGAAUAGCUAUUGUAAAACUGUAACAGUUUCUUCUUCUUUUGACUAAUAUUUUCUUCUUUUUAUUUUCC